AUGGCGCCUUCGACUCCUGCGACCGCCAACAAGGCUACAACGGACAGUGGCGAACCUCCGCAAAAGGUGCGCCGCCUUAUGACAGCUGGCCCAAGCUUCGACAGCCCCAUCACGGUCAAAGUUGGGACCGGGGAGGACCAGGAGACCUUCUACGUUUCGGAACGCCUCUUACGAAAUAGUUCUGUUUUCUUCGAGAACGCGCUUAGCAAAGACUGGAAAGAAGUCGCAGAACGGAUUGUCACGCUUCCAGAUAUGGAGCCGGUACACUUCCAGACAUACGCUAAAUUUCUCAGCACUGGACUUCUCUAUGUCAGUCUCAGCGAAAAACUUGCUGUGAUCAGUAUAGGUGACAAAACCGUGCGAUUACCAGAUCUUGAUAUCUGUUUGAAACUGUAUAAGGCUGCGGACUUCCUCCAAGACUUAGACUUUCGUGACGCUCUCGUGGAUGCUCUUGUCGAGAUCGCCCUGGAGAGUCGUGAUACCGAAGCCAAGAAAUUCUACUUGCAUUACACGGCUGUUGGGGUGAUCUACGAUUAUACCCGAGAGGACUCACCCUUCCGGCAGUUUGCGGUAGACAUAGCCUUGUACUCAUGGACUCCUACCGUGUAUUCUAACAGGGCGGUUAAACAGUUUCCUCCCGCUUUUCUAGGGGAACUUCUCGCUGCAGCUGGCCCAUUUGUCAGAUCUACAGAGAGCGCCGAUGCCAUGGAAGAUCCUCUCAAUCUCAACGAUCCAUGCAAGUAUCAUGAGCAUGUUCUUCUCGGAAAGCCUUGCUACAAGACAAAGUAUCAUCACUGAGAAACGAGACGCUGCCGAUGAUGAGGUAUCACGAACAAUAUUUUCAUGAUCGCGAGAAGCGGCGUGACAAUCACAAAAUGAUCAUCUGAGCUCGAGUUUUUUGAGAUGAUCGAAAUGGUUGCACUCAGUGUCUUCUUAGUAAACAUUCGUUGGGUAUGGGGUUGCCCUCGUUAUCGUAGAAGAAUGAGCAGCAGCGAUGCCUAGCCUCCUUCGCUACCCAGGUUCAUAACAUUAAAAGAGGGGUUCAUCGAGCAUGUACAUAGAAGUG